CAGUAGAGCAGUAAUGAAACAUUGAUGAUAUCGAGGGGAAGAAACAAAAAGAAAACCAGAGACAUUAUCUAGGUUCUCCGAUGGUGACAAAAUCAGCACUCACCAACUACUUUUCCAAAAGUCAUUACGUGUCCUACCGAGUUCCAACGACUUCCCAAGCAGAAAUCAACAAAAUUUACCUCAAUCCAGUAAACAAAAAUAAAAAACGAAUCCUUUUCACACCAAGCAGAGCGACCCCAAUGUCUUUCACCGCCAUUUUCACCCUCUUCCUCAUCCUAUCACCGCUCGUCACUUCAUCAUCUCUCACCAUCACCGACAAUCUGCCAACGGUGUAUGAAAUCAUAGCUGGAUACAACUUCCCGAUCGGUAUUCUCCCAAAAGGUGCCACAGGCUACAAACUGGACAAAACUACUGGCGAAUUCGGCGCCUUUUUGAACGGUUCGUGCAGUUUCUCUGUGGAAGGUUCUUAUCAGCUUAACUACAAAUCCACAAUCAGUGGUUACAUAAGCGACAACAGGCUAAAGAGUUUGAGUGGAGUAAGUGUGAAGGUUCUGUUUUUUUGGUUAAAUAUUGUGGAGGUUAUUAGAAAUGGAGAUGAGCUCGAUUUUUCUGUUGGAAUCGCUUCCGCCAGUUUUCCAAUCGAUAAUUUCUAUGAGUGUCCACAGUGUGGGUGUGGGUUGAAUUGCAAUAAUGUUGAGUUAGCAACCAAGCUUAGAUCAAACCCCUUUGUUUCCUCUUUUUAGGGAUUUAUUUACCUGUUAAUUAAUGGAUAUUGAAGGGAUGAAUAAUGGGAUGCUUUUCUUUUAGUUUGA